GAAGAGUAUUUCGUGUUUUCUUUUCUUUCUCCGCACGAACAAGGCGACUGGAAUUUCUCUCACAAGAGGUUAGGAAAUUGAGGGAAACUGUGGGAAAGAGUGUUGUCUGGUGAGUUCAAAUGCAGGGGAGUCAUUGUAAUUCGAGUAUACGAGUUACUCUUUUAUGCAUUUUGGAGGUGGUGUUCUGAGGAUAUUGAAGGAGAUUUUCACGCCAGGAUUCCGAACGGGUCGUUGGAGUUAGAUAGGAGUUUGGGGACGAUACUUCGGUUCGUACAUUUUUGGGAGAUUCCAUAUCAGUUUCCUGAUAUAAAGAUCGAAAUCCUGACAAACCUCAAUUCCGACCUCUGAUUUGUCCUUAUAUUUUCGUUGAAAUACAUACCGCACUGGGUUGAAAAGUAAAUCGGGUGAAGUUGCUGUGAAUUUGGAGGUAUUUCGGCGUAUUCGACAUCAAUUCUUCUCUUGAUGUUUUUCCUGAUUGGAUAAUUCGUUUUGCGUCUUCAACAUCAUAAUCUGUUUGUCUUGGAUUCGGAUAACCUUUUUUUUUUCCGGUGUGAUUAUAAGAGACUAAGAGAAGAUUGCUACGGAAGAGAGUUGAGGUUUCCAGGUUUACUUAGGGGGAGGAGAUGGAGAGGAACAACACCAACUCUACCAGUCGCGAUGGUCUGCUGUUGAGAUUCGAGUCCAGGUCAACCGCUACGGCGUCGCCUGACUUUGUGUUACAGUGGGGAAACAAAAAACGGCUUCGGUGCAUGAAGGUCCAGGCUAAGGACCAUAGCAACACCCCGUCCGGUACUGGUCCUGUUCAGCGGACAACGGCCCGUGUCGAUAGGCGGGUUGUUAGGUCGGAUCUGAAUGGCACUAUUAGCAGUAGUAGAGAGGCGAAUUCGAAUCAGCUGAACAACAUUAAUGCCGGUAAGAGUAACGGCGAUAACGGGUAUAUAAACCUCCGUCAGCGUCCGGCUUCUCCGUCUCAUCGACUUCUGAGUCCUCCACGUUUAAGAAGGGGGCUUUCUAAUAUAGAACCCUUAUAUUACUCUCCUUGUCUGCGUGGUAACAGGAAUUCGGAGAAUACGCUUGGGAUGAGGGGUCACAGCAACGGGCUAAAGGGAUUGGCAUCCCCUGACAGAGACUGCAAGAAAAGUAGCGCCGCCGCUGGUAAUAACAUCUACCAUCACCACCAUAACAAGAAUAGUUACCAUAAUGACCCCCACGGCGGUGGAGGUGGUGGUUCUGGCUCAUCAGAGGCAACCCAUGAUGGAAAGAAAAGUGGGUUGUCUGGCAGUGGUGAUGCAAUCGCCGCCGUAUGGCUCCCAAAGUUUGUUAUUGCCUUGACAAAUAAGGAAAAGGAAGAGGAUUUCUUGGCAAUUAAAGGAUCCAAACUACCUCAGAGACCCAAGAAGAGAGCCAAGUUUAUUCAACGCACACUCAAUCUGGUGUGUCCGGGGGCGUGGUUAAGCGAUUUGACAAUGGAACGAUACGAGGUCAGAGAGAAGAAGGUUUCAAAGAAGAGACCGAGGGGAUUAAAGGCGAUGGGAAAUAUGGACUCGGAUUCGGAUUCAUGAAAGGCAUGGACCUUCCGUGGACUGUAAAAUUUGACUGACUUCUAUUUGUCCUCCUCUCCUCUGUAACUCUCCAGACUUGUUUGUUCAUUCAUGUUCACAUGGCUGGUUUUCAAUUUAAUUAUCAUGUCGUAUUCUUUUC